GCAUGCGCCGCAAAUCUAUACCGGAAGUAGAAUGACUGUCGAGUGACGUGAAGGGAGGUCGCAUCCGCUGAGGUCAGAUCCUGCUCCAUCGCUUUGGGGAGCGUACCAAGCGGUGGAAUGAACUGAAUAACUUUUUCCGUUGGGAGAAUUUUUCAGUUUAGGAAUUUCAGUAACGGUCAUAAAAUGUCGAGUGAAGCGCCACAUUCCGUUAAAUGGUGAGUUGGAAAAUGCAGUGGGCGCUGGUUGCUGUAGCUAACGUUGGCUACACGUUAGCUUGUUAGCUGCUCAUGUCCACACAACAAAAAACACACUGAGUGACACUGUCUGUAACCGCGCCGCCUUGCUUCGUUUCCUUUUUUCGGUAUCUUCCCGACGAAUUGCUUUCCUUACACGGCAUCGCAGGUUUGCUUUUUAGCGUUUAUUUACGCCUAUUGUUUGAUUUUCGGAGUUCCGCCGUAAUUGCGGGGGUGAAGCCGGCAAGUCUGACUCUCUAGGCCGCCGCAGAGGCGUUCCGGCAUCCAGCUGAGCCGCUGUCCGAAGGAAUCACAGAAGGAUCUCUGUUUUUUAUCAUUAUUAAAAUAAAACCAUAAUGGCUUCUUCGUCGGGAAACGACGACGAUCUCACGAUACCCCGGGCGGCCAUUAACAAAAUGAUCAAGGAGACUCUCCCAAACGUGCGGGUGGCCAACGAUGCCCGGGAACUCGUGGUGAAUUGUUGCACUGAGUUCAUCCACCUUAUCUCCUCUGAAGCGAACGAAAUCUGCAACAAGUCUGAGAAGAAAACCAUCUCCCCGGAGCAUGUUAUAAACGCACUUGAAAGCCUGGGCUUUGCAUCCUACAUCGCUGAGGUGAAGGAUGUCUUACAAGAGUGUAAAACAGUAGCACUUAAGCGAAGGAAGGCCAGCUCUCGUCUUGAAAACCUCGGUAUUCCCGAGGAAGAGCUCCUCAGACAGCAGCAAGAGCUAUUUGCCAAGGCCCGGCAGCAGCAGGCCGAGUUGGCUCAGCAGGAGUGGCUACAGAUGCAGCAAGCAGCCCAGCAGGCACAGCUGGCUGCAGCCUCGGCCAGCGCUGCCCAGCAGGCCGGCUCCUCUCAGGAAGAGGAUGAAGAUGACAUGUGACCUGGCCCCCAGGCUGCCCCGCCCCUAGCCAGCGAGGUCGCCGCCGCGGUCCGGGCCCCCCGAGCCCGUGGCUUGGCCGGAGAGUCCGCCAGUGUUGGGACCUGCCAUCUCUACUGUUUUUUUUUUUGUCUUAGUCCAAACUGCCUUGUCUGCUUUAGCUCCAAGGGCUUUUCUGUUACUGUUCGUUCUUCCGGAGUUUCUCUCUGGUCCCCCGCAUCCCACCCCAUGUGGUUGACACCAGUUUUGAAAUUAUGGUCAGUUUUGAUUCCUUUUCCCCUCUACUUUAUCAAUACUUGGUGCAGUUUUUUGUUGAAUUGUCACGUUGAAGGAUAAUUCGACACUCAUUUUAAGACUAGAAGAUACUCUUGAAUGUUGGGUAAGUGCUUAGUGUGGGAGGACACUGGCCUGCAAAUGUUGCCCCUGCUCUCUUUUUGUUUUUGCUUUAAAUUGUAUUAACUGGUGCAACAAGACAUUCUUAUUGAAAAGGGGGUGUUUUCCAGUUUUUUUUUUUCCUUUUUUGUAAAAAAAAAUAAUAAAAUAAAAUACAAUUAAAAUGUGACUUAUGAAUUUCCAAGUCAUCAUUGUAUAUGUAGGGUUUAGCUGCCCCUCUCAAUUCAGUAUUGCAGUAAUAAACCUAAACAACAUAGGAUGUACACUUUGUAUUGCAGAACCAAAGAUAGAUGAAAAUUUAGUGACAGGAAGUUUCACAUGUGAAGGAGUGGAACUGUUAAGGUGCGUCGUCUGGGCCAAAUGCGGCCCAUUGUAUAGCCACAUAGAAGCAGAAUGUACGUUUCAUAUCGCAGAAGUGUUUGGGCACAUCCUGUUUAAGAGGUGAUGUUAAGACGCAUCGAUAUGACCAGAAACACCCGGUGACGACUUGCUGCAAUGCCUGUUCCCAAUGCCUCUUCACAAGCUGUACUCUGAGCAAUAAAAUUGAUGUUUUAUAACAUGGACAUUUUACUUAUUUUUGAUGUAUGUUUUAAGGCGAGGUAAAUACUUUUCGGUGUUGAAAAUGAGAUGAAACAGAUCAAUAUGAAUUUUGUGUAUUUUGAUAAUGCAUGUCUGUGAGUGCAUCAUGGCUUGGAUUAGGGUAAGUGAGAUACAUUGUGGACUUGAAUAAAAUGAUUUAUGCAAUUGUA